UCACGUGACAAAUUAUCUGCCGCUGCUGGGUGUAGUGAUUUGUUGAAUUUCAGCAUGUCGAGUAAGUUGACCUUAUGUGGAGUAUGUGAAUACCGCAACAUCAACAAACCCUCUGUAGUCUGGUGUUCGGAAUGCGACGAAGGACUUUGUGGGGAGUGUAAAGAGCAUCAUGCAGCUUCGAGGGGGACCAGAGAACACAUUAUUGUUCAAAUAUCCGAGUAUCAGAAGCUUCCUUCCAAAAUAUUGGAAAUUACUCAAACGUGCCAAAAGCACAAUGAAAAAUACGUUAUAUUUUGUAAGAAACACGAUUGUCCAUGCUGUAGACGAUGUGUUGUUGAAACGCACGACAAUUGCAGAGAGUUGAACGCUAUUGAUGACGUCAUUCGAAAUGUUAAAUCAUCAAGCGCAUUCUUGGAAAUGGAACACAUGCUUGCGGAGCUUUCAGAAAAUUUACAGAGAAUAAGAAAAGAUCGUCAAAACAACAUUAAAAGUCUGAAGGAGAACAAAACAAAAAUAGAAAGGGAGAUCAAGGAGACACGAAUGUUGAUAAACAAUCAUCUCGAUAAACUGCAGGAAAUUCUAAUGAAAGAGUUGUAUGCCGCUGAGGAAAAGGAAAACAAAAAAAUCAGCUGUUUAAUAUCAUCCAUACAAGAGAAAGAAAGGGAGAUAACAGAAUGUCAGACCAAUUUAGAUAAAAUAAAACAACAUGCCUCAGACCUUCAGACGUUCUUGUCUAUGAAACACAUCCAACAAGAUGUAACAAAAAACGAACAGCUCAUAGAAUCCUUGUUGAAAGAAGACAAAACGAACAAUGUUACCCUUUCUUUUGAAAAAGAAAACACUUUCGAAAAUCUACCUACCGCUCUAAACAAGAUGGGAACCAUUAUCUUAGAUACCAGGUCAAGUAAUACAACGCUAAUAAUACGGAAGAACAAACAAGCACAGAUAAUAGUGCCUACCACACAUGUUCCUACCGUUGAUGAUCUUAAACUAACUUUAAGACAGACGAUUAAAACAAUUGGAGAAAAUAUUAAUAGUUGCUCCUUAUUACCUGAUGGCAGAAUGAUUUUUUCCUGCUAUUUUAGUGGCCAAAUAAAUGUGAUGAAAACCGACGGGUCGUUCGAUUUUACAUUACAGACAGGAUCGUUAAUAUCUCAUAUACACUAUAUAGAGGACAGUCAAAAUUUUAUCGUAACAUCUGGCAGUGGCAAGUCAAUCACGAUAAUCGAUAUGAAAACCGGAAAAAAAGAAAAAACGAUUAAAUGCGGGUCAUCGGUUUAUGGAAUAGCUCACAACAAUGGACAAUUGUUCUAUAAUGGAUAUAACAGUGGUUUAUGUGUUGUAAGUUUAGAUGACGACUCAGUGACACAGCUAGUUAAAGCUACAAUACGUCAAUAUAGCAGCAUUGCAGUAUGGUCAGAUCAACUUUAUUAUAUAAACAAAGAUGAGUCAGUAAUAUGCUGUGAUCUUCAGGGAAAACUAAAAUGGAAAUCAGAACUCAAACCAUUUCUUCAAGGUGCACUGGGUAUUACGGUAGACAAUCACGGACGUGUUUAUGUAUCAGGCUUUCAUUCUCACAAUGUCGUUGUUAUUUCACCAGACGGAAACAAACACAGGUUGUUGCUGGCAGAGAAAGAUGGUCCUCAAUGGCCACAAGCUUUGUUCUUUAAUCGAAAAAAUAACAAGCUUCUAAUUGCGAAUAUAACAAAAGAGGCAUUUCUUUAUGACGUUUCAAGUUAAUGAGCUGAUACGAUAUUCUCUUUGAAAAGAAACAUAAUAUAACCUUUGCUUUUUGUAUGUUUUGUGUUGUGCAUGUACUGAUUUUAUGUCAUGGAUGGAUAUUCCGUAUCCUUUGUUUUUCUAUCAUAUAAAAAUGUGUUGAAGUCUUGAACAUUCGAUGUUCAUACACCCAGUCUUUUGUUUAACUACAAGUGAUUUAGUCGUAAAACAUGUAAUUGCUUUAAAACAAUCACACUUACAACAUAUGAAGUAGAAGCAAUAAUUAAUAAAGACAAAAAUUAAAAAAAU